CUUAGCGCUAAAAGGGGCGCGCGAGCUCGUUGUUAUGGAAACGGGUUCGGGGACUUCCCCGUCGCUGAUUGUACUUACUUUACUCUGAUUGAUCUCGAGGGCGGGACCCAGUUUGCCUCAGCUCUUGCACUCUAAUCUGCUUCCAGGGGGAGUGGCGGAGCAUCUAGCGCUGUAGCGGGUGGAGCUCUCUUGGCCGCCUCCUCACCCGCCCACAGCUGGCUUUAUUUAGUGUAGCGGAAACCGGCUUUGCUGAAGAGAUUGAAGGAAAUGCUUCCUGUUUUGAAUGAACUGGAUCCUCCCAAGUCUAAAACAGACAUAGAAAAGAAAAUUACUUCAACGAAGAAGAAACUGCCUGCAAAGAAAGAACCAAAGCCUGUAGACCUUCCUCCCUGUGUAAAUCCAGGCAAUCCUGUAUUUUCCUGUAUGUUGGAUCCACCUACCCUCUGUACAUCUACUACACUGUCAAAACCUCAGAUGAUCAUGUAUAAAACAACUUCAGGGGAUUAUGGCGAAGUAACACCUAUAGCUCCAUUUCUUCCCUGCAAAUAUUUCCCAAGGAAUGAGACAUUUACAAAUCACCUUAGACUGACUGGAAUGUUUCAGAAUCAUUAUCUUAACACUGUUCUUGACAGAGGCAGAGUCAUUGACUUUCCAAAUUUUCAACACACUCUAUGAAAAUACUAUUUGUAUUUAUGAGCAAAGUGUUAUUUUGGGAAAAUGUUCAUUUAAAAUUAGGGCUAAAAGUCAUUCAUGUAACAAAAAUAUUUGGACCAGGUUGAAGAUACUUUAAAUGAAUAAACCAGGUGGUUAAGGUAAUUGUCUUCUUACCUGAAUGACAGAUCUUUGAUUUUAAUGUUUCUCACCCUACCCCUGUAGAAAAAUUAUAAAAUAGCAAUUACCUCUCAAAGACAAUAUAUUCAGAAUAGGCGAAGUAAAUAAAUAUAAUAAAAGAAAUGAAAUUGGA